UUCAUUAAUCUAACUAAACACGGACGGCCUGACGGCCACCUGCCAAAUUAUUAGAGUCUUGUCUUGUAAGUUAGCAGACAAUGGUCAAUUUGUGUCCCGUUUGAACAAAGUACAUAAUUAACAAUGGAUUGGGUUAUAUCGGACGAAUUAUCCUUAACAGUAGGAACUGUUGUUGGCUGGAUAAGCGCCGGGGCUAUGAUAGUUGGGGGUGUCAUACCCUACAUCCCCCAAUACAGACAAAUACGAAAAACCAAAGAUGCAGAAGGUUUCUCGUUGUUAGUGUGUCUAGCUUUAUUAGUAGCUAAUACUUUAAGAAUAAUGUUUUGGUUUGGUAGGCAUUUUGAGUAUCCACUGUUAGUUCAAAGUAUGAUUAUGAAUGUCACUAUGUUCUUAAUGAUCCACUUGUGUGUGCGGGUUAGAAAUAGGAAUCAGCUACUUCAGGCAAGACAAAGAAUAUUCACAGCUAAACCUCAAGAAGUACAGAGAUUGCUUAACACUGCUCCUCGUAGAUCAACCGGCAGUUUGCGUGAUUUUGACGCGAAGUAUUUCUGGAACUGGACUGAUUUUCAAUCGUACCUGGACUGUAUUUUGAUAUUUACCAUCGCGACUUCAUUGUUGAUGUAUAUAUUCAUAGACUAUAUAAUCUUUGUGGAGACCGUUGGGUUUCUUGCAUUAUUCACGGAGGCGAUGUUAGGAACGCCCCAACUCAUGAAGAAUUACAGGAACAAAUCCACAGAAGGAAUGAGCAUAAGCAUGGUGGUGAUGUGGACGUGUGGUGAUAUAUUCAAGACUACAUACUUUCUAUUGCGUGAUGCUCCCGUGCAAUUCUGGGUGUGUGGUUCAAUACAAGUGACCGUGGACUUACUAAUAUUAUUCCAAGUAUGCCUUUACCGAGGGAAUGUGGAAUCGACGCGGUCGAUACCCCAUCGUCUUGAUUGAGUAGUUAUCAUUUGGACCCAGGACGAGAAACAUCGCAAAGAAGUCAAAAGUGCCGAGGUAGCAACAGUUAACGAGAAAAAAGUGGAUAAAAACAAUAGUAACGUUAAUACCGCGACUGAAAACAGUGAUCCUCUAAAACACAGCGAUUCAAGCUGUAAUUCUAUUAGUAAUAAAGAUGCAGAAAAUAACUGUAUCACCAGCGUUGAGGUGCAUACAGAAAACUGUUAUAAAUCUAGCAAGGCUGUUAGUAGAGAUAGUGAUGUAGAUAUUGUUAAUAAUGUAGACAAGUUGACGGUAAAUGGUGUCAAAAAAACAACCACCCAACACAUUCAGCACGUCUCUUACAAAGAACGCGCGAAAAACAAAGUUAAUAAACUCAUCCAUAGGCAUACGUUAUGACAUCUACUAAUUAUGGCUUCCAAACGAAACUUUACGAAAUGUAUGCUUCCUUUUUAGCUUUCUUCCCUUUGAAGCUACUUUCAAUUUUAAAUGGUAUUACCGACAGGCUGUAUUAUGUUUACUCUUAAAUGAUCUUUUAAUCGGCAACGAUUUGAAACAGAGAAAAAACUUGUUACAUACAGGUAUGGAAAUUGAUUUUCGGAACAUAGGCCUUUCAAUGCAAUAGGUUAGAUUCUUGAUUUGAAAUUAACCAGUGUAAUUAAAUAAAGGCCUAAAAAGUCUGCGAAGAAAACUAAAUAAUGGAAAAAGUCAGAUCAUUAAAUUAAAAAACAAAAAGGGCGAAAUAACAACAAAUAGAGAUGAGCUUUUAACAAUAGUAGAAGACUUCUAUGGAGAACUUUAUAAAAGCAGACGGAUGAACCGAACACAGCUAAAAGAUGCAAUAAGCAAAACAAUAUUAAAUCAAGGCUCUGAACUCAUGCCAGAAAUAACUCUCAGUGAAAUUAGACAAGCGAUGAAUAAAAUGAAAUCCAAUAAAUCACCAGGAGACGAUGGAAUAGUGAUCGAGGCUGUUAAGAAUGGCGGUGAACCUCUAAUGAGAAAAAUAAAAGAUAUCUUCAAUCUAUGUUUGACAAAGAAAUCCAUACCAUCUGAAUGGAAUAGAGCCAAAACAAUUCUUCUACACAAAAAAAAAACUGAUCUGGAAAAUUACCGACCAAUCAGUCUGUUAAACCAUCUUUAUAAACUUUUCACGAGAGUAAUCACCACAAGAUUAGACAAGAAAUUAGACCUGUAUCAAAGUAGAGAACAAGCUGGAUUCAGAGCCUUUGGAACCAACGAUCACCUCCAAACAAUAAAACAACUCAUCGAAAAAUCCAUAGAAUAUAACAAGCCCUUAGAUUUAGCAUUCGUAGAUUUCCACAAAGCAUUCGACUCAGUAGAACUCGACAGUGUUAUAGAAGCAUUAAACGAGAGCCGCAUUGAUAGCCGAUAUUCGAGGCUAAUAUGUAAUAUAUAUAAAAAUGCGACAAGCUCGAUACAGCUACACGCUAACAGCAAACAAAUAAAAAUCCAAAGAGGUAUCCGUCAAGGGGAUACGUUGUCACCUAAACUUUUCAUAUCGGCUCUAGAAAAAGCGAUCAAAACCCUCGAAUGGGGUGAUAAAGGAAUAAAUGUGGACGGAGAGAUGCUACACCACCUAAGCUACGCAGACGAUAUAGUCCUGAUUGCAGACGAUUUGGGACAAAUAAAGAAAAUGUUGGAAGAACUUGGUACGGCAUGUCAUAAAAUAGGCUUAAGAAUGAAUAUAACAAAAACAAAAUAUAUGACGAACUUAGUACCAAGUAAACACCUUGAAAUACAAAAUGAACAAAUAGAACUGGUAGACAAAUAUAUAUAUCUGGGUCACGAAAUUAAGAUAGGUAAGGACAAUCAAACAACAGAAGUAUCCAGAAGAAUAAUACAAGGAUGGGCAUAGGGACAUUUUUAAGAGUGACAUUCCAACUAACAUGAAGAAAAAUGUUUUCGACCAAUGCGUGCUACCGGUGAUGACCUAUGGUGCAGAAACAUUAUCGCUUCAACAAAGAAAAACGCACAAAAACUAAGAGUAGCGCAGAGAAGAAUGGAGCGAUCAAUGAUAGGGGCCACUCUGCGAGACAGGAUUAGAAACGAAGAUCUACGAGCUAAGACCAAAGUCAUAAACGUCAUUGAAAGAAGCUGUAACUUAAAAUGGAAAUGGGCUGGACACGUUGCCAGAAUGAAGGACGGAAGAUGGACUCGCAAACUAGUUGAAUGGAGACCAAGAGCCGAUAAACGGAGCAGAGGAAGACUACCAAUACGAUGGCAAGACGACUUACGAAAGACAACAAAAAACUGGAUACAAAAAGCACUUUGGAGACAAACAGGGGAGGCCUAUGUCCAGCAGUGGAUUGAGAGAGGCUGAUGAUGAUGAUGAUGAUGAGUGUAAUUUUCAAGACGACGUCGCGGUGUUUCAUGUUUAAUUCAUUUGUUCCACCGGAUACGCUGCACUGAUGCGAUACUCAGCGGUAAAGGGAUUACAGUCAAACAAAUGAAUUAAUUUUAAAAUAUCGUGACGUUAUAUUGAAAUUUACACUGGUUAAUUGCAACUCAGAGAUCUCAGUUCAGUACAGCGUAUCUAGUGGAACAAAUGAAUUAAAUAUGAAACAACGCGACGUUGUCUUGAAAUUUACACUGGUUCAAGAGUCUAACUCAUUGAAAGCCCUAUGUUCCGAAAAUAAAUUUCCAUACCUCUAUACACUCUUAGACAAACAUAAUGAACCGGUUUGAUAAACUUUCCUAACUAAGGUUUACGAACCUUUGUGAUGCAUGAAAAGAAUAAUCACUGUGCUAGUCGUAAAAUACGUCCGACUGCGGACAUUCUACUUCUUCUUUUGGUAUGAUAAUCCUGGAUGGGUUUUUGCCUGCCUGGCUAUGUCCUUCCAUUCGUACCUCUCUUGUGCCCUUUUUCCUCCAUUGUCUUACAUUCACAGUUUUUCAGGUCGUCUUCCUAUCGGCUCCAUUGUAAUAUUUUCUGUUGUUUUUGUAUCUUCUUGUCUGUGGACAUGUCCCAGCCAUGACAGUUUUUGACUCUUCACAAAUCUAACAGUAUCGUACAGUUAUAUUAAAAAAAAAAAAGGUACAAGUAUUAGAAAGGGAAGUUAACGUCAUCCUAUUUGUGUACAACCGGCUGGGAUUUUUGGAGGUUAUCAAAUGUCGAUAAGUGAUCAAAAUGCAGCUCAUAGACGUCAAAGACGUUUAAUUUGAUAGAAGGUUUAACGUUACGUACAAUAAAAAAUUAAUAUGCCUCGUCAUUUAAGUGAGAUUGAAAAGGCUCAAAUAAUUACGAAAAUGGAAGAAGGAUGGUCAAUUCGUGCGCUAGCAAAUUUCUAUAAUAGAAAUUUGAAAACAAUCUUCAGAAUUAAGCAACGAUGGGUCCAACAACAAUCAUUAAAAAGAAAAGUUGGUUCAGGGCGUUCCAAAGUAUCCACUCCUCAACAAGAUGCUGUUUUAGUUCAAUUCUUAAGAGAUAAUCCAUUUGCGACGUCGAAGGAUUCAAGGAUUCAUACGGGAUUUCCUGGUGCCCAACCUACUGUAAGCAGAAGGAUCAAUGAAUCUGAAUUAAAAAACCGACCAGCUGCUAAAAAACCAUUAGUAACUGUUGAACAUCGGCAAGCAAGAGUAAUAUUUGCACUAAACUAUAUUUACCGCAACCCACAAUUUUGGAACAACGUCAUUUUUACUGAUGAAAAGACUUUUCAGUCGACCUAUAACGGUCAAAUCCGUGUUUAUCGUCCAGCCAAUACUAGGUUUGAAGAACGAUAUAUUCACUCUUAUAAUAAAUCUGGACGUUUUUCUGUAAAUGUAUGGGGUUGGAUUAGUAUACAUGGACCUGGUGUUUGUUGGCGAUUAGAGGGAAGAUUUACUGCCGACAAUUACAUUAACGUUUUGGAACACGUAAUGCUCCCUUCUAUUGAGCAAUUGUAUCCUAAUAAUACUUUUAUAUAUCAACAAGAUAAUUGUUCAGUCCACACUGCCCAUGCCGUAAGGAAUUGGUUUCAAACGCAAAACCUGGAAGUAUUGCCAUGGCCUGCGCACAGUCCAGAUAUAAAUCCAAUUGAAAACAUUUGGGGCAUAAUUGUUAAAAAAAUAUAUAAAAGAAAUUUUAUGCCACAAAAUUCAGAUCAAUUGUGGGAUACAAUCUUAGAGUGCUGGGAAGAUCUUGAUCCAAAUAUGAUAUCUAAUAUAAUUCAAAGUAUGCCAAAUAGACUAAAUAAAGUUAUAGAAGCAGACGGUUCUAUCACCAAAUACUAAAUUCUAUUUGUAACAGUCAUUAAAAUUAUUCUUUAUAUAAUUGUUGAAUAAAUGGUUUCGUCUAAUUAAUGCUCAACGCCAAUGAUUUAUAUUUUUAAUAACCUGUGACAUUUGAUAACCUCCAAAAAUCCCAGCCGGUUUUACACAAAUAGGAUGACGUUAACUUCUCUUUCUAAUACUUGUACCCUUUUUUUUUUUAAUAUAACUGUACCCUUCAUUUAAUUCAUUAAUUUCGUAGUUUCUCCUGAUUCUCCAUGUGCCGUCUUCCUCUUGCACCGGCCGUAUAUUUUUCUCUCGAAUAUCUUGAGUUGAGCUUCAUCUUUUUUUUUUGUCUUACCCAGGUUUCACAACCAUAGGUUCUUCUUCUUACGUUCCGAACGUUGGCGAUCAUUCUGGCUAUGAUGAUUUUGCCGGUUGCUAUACGGAAUAAUUGUGUUGAGGUCUUUCUUUACCAUGCUCUCAGGUUGGCAAGCCAGGAUAUUUUUCUUCGUCCUGGAGCCCUUUUGCCUUCAAUUCUACCUUGCAAAAUGCAUUGGAAUAGCUCGUAUCUGCCUUGAUUUUUCAUUAUAUGUCCCAAGUAGUGCAGCUUACGGCCCUUCACGAUGUUGACCAACCAUAGGUUACUAAGGGUCUAAUUAACGUUCUGUGAAUAGUCAUUUUUGUUCUUUUAUCUAUAGUGUGUCCCACCUUGACUUUACAGUACAGGUUCUUAUGACCAACAGUGAUGCCAAAUUUUAUCAGAAACAGGUUUUAAGCAAAUAUACUUUUUUCUUAAGGAUAACUUAGGAAUUAAUAUUAUUGAAAUUUUGUGGCUGUCAGGGGUUCUAAAACAUUUUUUUUUUCGAAAAAUAACUAACUAAAAAUUAAUGAACUUCAACGAAUCAAAUAAACUAACUUAAAAAUGAACUAACUGAAAUUAAUUUUAAGUUUAAAAUUUAUACAAAAUUUUAAUGAGGGUGUACAUUAAAAUGACAUUAAUUUCAAGUUGGAAAUCAGUCAUUAAGAAUGAUAAUAAACUGCAAUUAGCAUCCAAAUUUUCCAAAUAAGCAAUCAGUCACUCAAUACAAUGUUAUCAGUAUCUAAUAAUUAUAAGUUUAUUUGAUAUUCUUUGUUAUAAUUUAAUUUAGGUGAACUGACCAUCAACAAUUAUAAUUUAUUUAUUCUCAAAUGUAGGACAAUAUAAAACUUUACUUAAACUUGACUGACAGUCUAUUUUAUAUUUUUCUUGACAUUACUUCAGAUUUGUCUAUACUGUCAAUACAUAAAUUAACAACCAUAGAGCAACAUCCACCUUUAAUGUUGAAUAUUCUAACAUUCUUAACCAAAAAAGUUAUUACGCAUAUCGAUUAUAAAAUUGCUGAUUACUUUUCGAAAAUGACUAUCACUCACAAAAAAAAAAACAAUCAAAAAUAUUGUUUUACUUGACUAACGGAUUAGUUUUAAUUUAACAUUUUUAGGACCCCGGUAAUGUUCGAUUGAUAAUUCUUUUAAAGAAAAUCGGCAUCGCCGCGCUAAAAACUCCCAUAAGGAUUACAUUGCCAUAUGUUCGUGUACUGUAAAGUCAAGGUGGGACAGACAUUAGAACUGCAGCAGUUGAGGGCAGGUACAAUUAUACACCACUUAAAGCUACACAGGUGGUGUUCUAGAAAUUUUUUAUAAAACACAUUUUACAACAAAAUAUAUUUUCGGUGCGGUAUGGCAUACCGCAUGUCAGUGGUUAAGGGUUAAAAGAAAAUUAUGUAACGCAGAAGGACACAUUACAGGGUAUGCAAGUAUAGCGUGUUUCUUUUUGGAUCUUAUGCUUUGCGGAUACAACAUAGCGUUUACAUGGUGGUUUUUUAUUAUCUUCGGUAGCCUGAUACAUUGUGGAAAAAUGUCUCUCAAUAAGGCGUAAUGGUGAAUGAGGAUCUUCUAGCUUACGACUGGUUGAAGUUCGAGGUUUGAUUGUCUUAUGUUCAGUAAGGUUUUCAUCGUUAGUUUUAUUCUAGUUUCAACUAUUUGCAUUAAAAAUUGUGUGGUGUAAAAAUAAUAAACUGAAAAUGUUUAAUAUAGAUAGGAAAAGUAUAUUAGUCUGUGAAAUAGUAUAUAGGGACAAAUACAGUAGUAUGCUCUAUAUUUACUAACAAGAUAUACAAACAUUUUCUACCUAUAUACUGGUUUACACAGCAUAUUUCGUAAAAAUCCAUAAACUUUUGUAAAAUGCUGUUUUAGUUGCGAUUGUAGCACGUAAAGGUGCGUACUGACUUGAGCAUUUUCCUCCGAACGAAUCGAGCGAGCAAAAUUUUGCCGAACAGAACGAACCGACCAUUUUCGGGAGAGUAUCGGUAACCAUGGAAAGGUCAAAAGCAAGCAUUUGUUUGUUUAUGCUCAGUGGGGAAGCUAGGACAAAUAAUCCCAGGACAAAUAAUCCCGGACCAAAAAUCCCCACAAAUUAUCCCUGGACAAAAAAUCCCCGGACAAAUAAUCCCCGGACAAAAAUCCCCAAGAAAUAUUUGCGGUCGAAUAGUUCUCUAAAAGUUUUCCUGAAAUUUUAACAAAUUUCGAAUUCCAAUUCUAUGCUGAAAAAUUUAAACUAUACAUGACAAAAAAGUGUCAGUUUUUUCAAAAAUCGUGGAAAAUAUGGGGAAUGAGCUAUGGCCCCGUUUUCAUGACAUGUGCUUAACGCGCGAUUACAACUAAAGUUUUCAGCGUGGAAUUGUAAUUCGAAAUUUGUUAAAAUUUCAAUAAAAAUUUUUAGAGAACUAUUCGCAAAUAUUUCUUGGGGAUUUAUUGUCUGGGAUUUUUUGUGGGGAUAUUUUGUCCAAAAAUAUUUGUGGAGAUUAUUUGUCCGGGAUUUUUUGUGGGGAUUUUUUGUCCGGGGAUUAUUUGUCCAGGGAUAAUUUGUGGGGAUUAUUUGUCCGGACCCCUCAGUGGGUACGGGCGUUUAAUGUAUUCUUGUGCCCUCAAAAAUAUUUAAUUAAAAAAGAACUUUGAUUCGUUCUGCACUUAAAAAUAGAAUGGAGCAGAGAAAAAUGUUUAGAUCUGAUUGAUUUGUGUGAACGCUCUCGUGUGUUAUGGAAUCCAAAACACGGGCAAUAUUGUAAUAAAAUAAAAAAAAAAUGGUUCAUGGAUAUUGAUAGCUGAAGAAAUAGGAUGUACCUCCGAAGAAGCAAAGAGAAAUAUUGAUAUUUUGCUUGCCAGUUUCCAAAGUUACAAAAUUAAUGAGAUUCGGAAAAGCAGAACAAAACGGAGAAAUAAGGAUAGGAAAUAAAAAAUUCGAAGAAGUGCAGAAAUUUAAAUACCUGGGCGUUAUGAUAAACAACAAAGGGGAAAAAACGGAGAUCGAAGAAAGAAUAACUGCGACAAACCGGGUAUACCAAGCAAAUAGAACUCUACUAAAGAGUAAAAUAUUGACCAAACAAACAAAAAUGAAUAUACUAAAAGUGAAGUUCCCUACAUAGAAGUGGUUUUACUUCAUGUUGGAGUUUUUUUAAAAUGAAUAUAUAAAACAAUAAUAAGACCAAUAAUGGUGUAUGCAGCAGAAAUGAUGACUAUGACAAAAAAGAAGAAAAUAAAUUAAGGAUAAAUGAACGGAAGAUAAUAAGGACAAUACUGGGUCCAGUGAGAAUCGAAGAACGAGAGUAUAGAAGAACGAAUAAAGAAAUUUUAGAAGAAUUAAAUGGUGAAGAUAUAGUAAAGAAAAUAAAAGUACGAAAAACCAAAUGGCUGGGUCAUAUAUGGAGACAAGGACCAGAAUCAGUAUCAAAAGCUAUUGAUAUUGUGGCAACCAGGAGGAAAAAGGAGACGUGGUCGACCCAGAUCAAAAUGGUUAACUGAAGUAGAGGAGGACCUAAGAGGGGCAGGAAUUACUAAAUGGAAAGAGAAGGCAAUAGACCGGACGAAAUGGAGACAUAUUAGUGAACAAAUACAAUGAUCAUGGGGACUGAUCCACCUCGUAAAAUGGAUCUAGAAAACGAAAGCGGCGAAACCCCACAUGGGGUGUUAAGCCAUAUACUAUACUAUAGUUUCCAAAGUUACGUCACCUUUAUUUUUUCAUCCUUCAGUUCUAGAAUUAACGCUUAACAUUGAGUCUAUAACGAUGACAGCAAUACGUUGUUUAGAAAUUUUAAGUAAACAUUGUAAACUCGUAUAUGAGUCACCUGCCACUAAAAACCGCAAAGUAAGCGAUCUUGAAAAGGCCUAGCUUUUUGACGUGUUGUAUCUUUUCUUGCAAUUGUAGGACUUACUCUCUCUCUUGGACCAUCACUCCUAGUGGAAUAUUGGACACAUCUGCGUUUCUUGGCCGAUGGUGUAAGACGGCUGGUGGCCAACUCAGCGCAUUUUUUUGUGUUUAUUCUCUGGUUAAUCUACGUACCAGUUCCUUCCAUUCUGUUUCUUGCUUUGUUUUUUUACUUCCCCCCAACUUAAGCCUAUUCUGUUGUGUUCUCUGGUUACUGUUUUCAUCCAGGUAUUAUCUGGUCGUCCCCUCUUCCCUAAUAAUAACACCAAACAUUCCAUGUAUGUUCCUAGAAUCUACACAGGACAUUGAAAACAUUCCUGGAAUAUCCUCAAAAGCACAAGAAAGUCCCCUAAAUGUCACACGAAAGUCCUCUGUCAGCAUUUUAAACAUUCCCUGAAUGUCUUAUUGGAACAUUCCAUGGAUGUCUACGAAUGUUCUUUGGACAUUCACAGUAUAUUUUUUAGACAUUCCCUGGAUAUAGUUGCUGAUGUGACAUAAUACCUCCGAUUUGUUUUCUCAUGAGUUUUGUAAGAGAGACUAAAAACUUGUUUUACAGUCAUCUCCUCUUUUCAUAUGAUAUUUUUUUGACAUGUUUUGUAGUAAAUUCAUUUAUCUAUUUACUACAAAACAUGUCAAAAUUUACAUGUGAAAACAGGAGAUGACCCUAAAAAUGGUUUUUCGUCUCAUACAACAUUCAAGAAAAAGCUGAUAGGAGGUAUUGUCAAAUAACCGACUAUAUAUCAGAAAUAUAUGUGGCCAUACUAAAUAAUACAUCCUUGAUAAAUAUAAACAUUUUCAUUGGAAAAAAUCUUGUCAUAAUCUUUUUUCAUAAUCAUCACUACGAUGAUGAUUCAUUACAAUUACAUUACAUUACAAUUACAAUUACAAUCUAGUCAUAACUGACCAAUGAGCCAUUUUAAUUUAAUCUAGAUUUUACUGUUCCUUAAAAGGAAGAGCUUACCCCAUAGCGUCUCUUAUCUAAUCUAACAAUAUCGUGCAUUAUUCUAACAUACACAGGCACACAAGCACUAUGCUCUGCUUUUCAGUAUCACCCAUCACUCAAACUAGUUCAAAAGGAUUUGUUCUCUUCAAUCUUCUAGUUUGCCCAGUAGUAUCGAAACGCUGGAUUUCGUGAAUAUUCUCGUACUUAUGAACUUAUGAAGUUGUUGCUCGUGACUUCUUGCCAUCUUCUUGAUGAUUAUAUCUAGGUUCCAUUCCUCACUGUUUGUCAGAUACCAAGGAGCAUCUACAAUAUUUCUCAGUAUUUUGUUCUGGAAUCUUUGUAUAAUUUUUAUAUUACUUGGUCUAGUACCUACACCCCAAUAGUGGGCAUCCAUACAGGUCUUAAUAUUUGUUUAUAAAGUAAUAACUUAUUAUGCAUCGACAAUGUGGAGUUUCUUCCAACUAGCCAAUACACUUUUUAUAUUUUUCUAUUGCCUUUCAUAACCACAAGGCUAUACGUUUCCUUCCUGGUUUUUUUGUAGACCACUUUCAGCUGAUUCUAAAAAAAAAUUAAAAUGAAUAGUAAUUUUUCUAUUCUUUACAAUUAAAAAUCAAAAGAAAUAGGUACUAUUUACAGGAAUAAUAUGCAUAAAUAAUUCGUUUUAUAAAGAAUAAAGAAAAUUGAAAACGGAUUUUAUAAUACUUACAUAAUUUUUUAAACAAAAGAGAUCCAGCCAGAGUAAAACUAACAGACAGAACAGCAAACAAGCCACUAAUUUCCAUUUUCCAAAUAUUCUUUAUCUAUGCAUUUUCCAAUCAGAAAUUUUUAGGUUAUCAUGAAAUGUGUUGACCACGCGACCCUAACAUAGAUACACGCGCGGCAAAUUUGAAAAUGAACGCAAAUUGAAUAGUAAAUGGCCUCUCUUAAAAUAUAGGACAUUGGUAGUAUGUUCGUAGAAUGUCUUGUGGUAACAUUCCACCAAUAAUUUAAUCAGAUGUUGACCGAAUGUUCCUUGAAUGUCCAGGACAUUCAAACAUUAAUAGAACUUUGAUAGUACAUUCCUGGAAUGUUUUGUGUUUUUAGGGUUCUUUGUCCUCUCAGGUUGAUAUUCGAGUGCUUGUCUGCAGACAUAUUAAUUUUCAAAGUUUUCUGCAAAUAUUUGAGCGAAAUUUUUAAAAUUAAAACAGUCUUAUAUCUCCCAAAAUAGUUAUUUUGUUACGAUUUAAAGACAACCUUAUCCAAUGUCUUUUAUAUGUUUUUGGUUUUAAUUUAUUUCUAUUUGUAAUAAAUUGAAUAAUAAAAAAAGCUCCAGCAGCUAUAACCAGAUUAUCUGCUCUGCUUCCAUGGUUAGACGAACGCUGAAAUACAGUGAGCAGAACAUGGGAACGCGGCGAAUAGAAUGAACAGUUCUAAUAACCUGAACAUUUGUUUGUCUGUGACAGCUAAGAAAAUGCUCUAGUCAGUACGCACCUUUAGAACUUUCUAUAGACUCAUCAAACGAGAUUUUUCUCCUUCGUCGAAGGCAGCUGUGUGUAAAGAUUUUAAUGAUUAUUACACUAAUAGUUUGCCAGCAUCACGUUUGUAGUGGAGCAAAAGAACAUAUUUUUCCUAAUCAAAUCUUCAGUUUACAGGACAAUUUGUUGAUUAGUUUUAUGUAAAUUCCUAUGUAUACCUACAAAUUAUUAAAUUUUUUAUUCCUUUAUUCUAGAUGUUUUUAUAAAAAUGAUUUUUUAUAUUUUUUUCUGUAUUUUCACAUACAGAUACAUAUAUAGAGAAGUAUAUAUUUUAAUGCCGUGUAAAAAUUGUAAAUAAUAAAUACAUAUAUUGAAGUGGC